UCAUGCUGUGCAUUGCUCUUCUUGAUAAAUCAGGCUAGCUCACAAUCGUUCAAAUAAGUGCAAGAAGUUAUGUUUAAGAAAUAAAAGAAAGCGUAUUUUCCGAUAUUCUACAAUGGCAGGCUACUGUCAGUGCACGCAGCUACUCUCUAAUAGUGCUCAAGCUUGGUCAUAUAUAACUUUAGCUGGCUAAGUAGCUAGCUGGAGAGCUUCGCAAUCCAGCUAAUUCUGGUCGAUAACUCACCCGAUAUUGAACGACCCUGCCUUCGUAUGUGAGUAACAUACAUAUUUGGAGUUAUCACUUUUAUUGACCAAGGUGCAGUAUGCCGGUUUUGUUUGAAGUGCCCCAUGAUCCAUUAGUAAUUGCGGUAAGCGCCAAGGAAAACGCAGAAAACAUGAGAGGAGUGGAGGAAGCGGGGUAAUGACGUCACUGCUAUUAUCCAGAGAAGGCUGGCGGCAAAUCUGGAAUAUUAUUUUUCAGGUGUAGAGCUCUUCUUAUGUUGUUUUCCGGACCGGAAGUAGUGGCACACAUCGACUCAUUCCCAUUCGAUUUGACUGUAAGAUCCCCGCCUGGCGGUGUUGAUCGGCUGUACAUAGGGGCAGUUUUGUGGUGCAGUAUGCGAGAGGCUUGUUACGAUGGCGUGGUCGCGUACUCGCAGUUUACAAGUGUUCGACACAGAGCUGAGUGCUGACGCUGUGGAGUGGUGCCCGCUACCGCAGUGGGACAAUGUGCUGGUAUGUGGAACAUACCAGUUACUCAAGCCGCCAGAUGAGGCAGGUGUUGGGUCUGCCACCCCCAGUCGUGUUGGACGUGUUUACCUAUUCAAGUUUCGCCAGGAAGGCCCUCUUUGCCCACCUCUCACAGAGGUUCAGAGAAUCGACACUCCAGCUAUACUGGAUAUGAAGUGGUGUCACAUACCUGUGUCAGAGCGCCCCCUCCUGGGCAUGGCCACUGCCACUGGGGAACUGCAGCUGUACAGAUUGGUUGACACUCAGGAAGGCAGCUGUGGCCUGAAGGUCUUGUCAAGCCUGGAGCUUGGCCCUGAUAAGCUGGCCUUGUCUUUGGACUGGUCCACAGGCAGAGGAGACAGCAGUGGGAUGCGUGUGGUGUCCAGUGACUCAGCGGGCUGUGUAAAUGUGCUUUCUGUGGAAGAGGCUGGUCUCACCCUGCUCUCUCAGUGGAAAGCUCACGAUUUUGAGGCCUGGAUCUCCGCGUUCAGCUACUGGGACACUCAGCUGCUGUAUUCCGGUGGCGAUGACUGCAAGCUGAAGGGCUGGGAUCUUCGGAUCGGGCCUUCCACCCCCACCUUCACCAGCAAAAGGCACUCCAUGGGCGUGUGCAGCAUUCACAGCAACCCGCACCGGGAGCAUAUCCUAGCAACAGGGAGCUACGACGAGCAGGUGCUGCUUUGGGACGGGAGGAGUCUGCGGCAGCCCCUGAGCGAGAGCCCGCUGGGAGGCGGAGUGUGGCGGCUCAAGUGGCACCCCGCUCAUGAGCACCUCCUGCUGGCCGCCUGCAUGCACAACGACUUCCACAUCCUUAACUGCCAGCAAGCCCUGGAUGGUGCCGGAGGGGCUUGUCCAGUCGUGGCCUCCUACAUCCUGCACAACUCUCUGGCCUACGGGGCCGACUGGUCACGUCUGGCCCUGGGGGGUCCCCCGCCCUCCUCCCCCCGGGAAAGGGCCAAGGAGGCAGGGGCCAGGACCGAGAGCGGGGGUCACCUGAGGAUCCAGUAUGAGUCUCCGACCGCCAGCUUCGACACGUCGUUGGAGGACGAGGAGGGCAGGUACAUACCCGAGAACUCAGCCCCUUCAGCGGCCCCUCUCCCGCCCCCCGCCGAAGACGCACCCUCCCUCUCCUGCCUGCUGGCCACCUGCUCCUUCUACGACCACAUGCUGCACGUGUGGCGCUGGGACUGGAACCCCGAGGAGGCCGGCGGGGUGGGGGCGGGCGCUCAGGAACCGGCGGGGACCAUCGUCAACAAGGCCGAACAGGAAGUGAAACCCACAACCCACCUCACCCAAUGAAGCCCUGCCCCCGGUGAGACAGGAGGGGAGGGGGCAGCGUCCUUAUUUCACGUCACCAGCAAGGGCCGCCAAGGAAGGAGAGUAUUAGAAUUUGGGAAGGGACCACAUCUGGGUCAAAAUACGUAAUUGUUUUGGAUUUUAAUGCUUUUCUACGCUUUACUGAGCUUGUCUGGUGCUAUGAAAUGUUCUCAAACGCCACCUUCAGGGCAUUUUGGGAGGCUCAGUUGCACCAGGCAAGACUAAUCGAGCAGAGAAAAGGAUUUGAUUCCAAAAAAGUGACAUACUUGUCUGGAGGGGACAGACCUCGAGUGUGGACAGGGCGUUCACAGGUGAGAGGGUGUGUGGGCACGUUCCCUGCAGCAAGCACAGGGGGAGGCUUGUAAUGUACACACAGCCAGUACACGUGCACGUCUGUUCUGUGUCCAAAGGUUUCUUUACAGGGAAUUUAGCUCCAGUGCUCCUUAAAUUUGUAAGAAAGGCUUUGUACCCACUAUGUUGGAGUAAGUUACAUAUAUAAACAGCAGAAGUGUCUGCAAAUUCAGGACUUUUUUUAAAUGCAAACUGUAGAGGUAGUCACCAACCCUGAUGGGCGCUUAAACUCCUGCCUUUUAGAGACCCUACACUCAUGUUUUUGUCCAGGAUAUCUUUUUAUGCGUAUAAUAAAAAUGAUUAACGGUUGGAGUUACUUGACUUAACCUGACCUUAUUUACCAAAUAAACCAGGCCAGCAGUAGCUUACAUUGAGCUUAAUGGUACCAAACAAGGGUUUGAGGAAAGUCAAGGAAUUGAUUUGUUUCAUGUAUAAGCUUACCCUGACUGUAUAAAGACUGCGGUGGUAUGGUAUGCUAGUCAAUGUUUGCAAUGUUACAGCCCUACCACAGUUGUCCACAACAAUGUAACAUUUCAAUGUGUGUACUAUCUAAAUAAAACAUUUCACCUAAAGUGUCACAUUUGUAAUCAACUACAAAGAGUGGAUCACCUGUAAAGAUGUUGGCUAGUCAAGGGUCUAAACUAUGAAAUAAUUUGUAAAAGCUAACACACCAUCCUGUUUUAUGUACCUGUUCAUCCCAGUGCAGACUUGCUGAAAUGUGUUAGGCAAUAAAGCAAAUUUGUGCAUUUUAA